AUGGCAGACCAUACAAGCCAAAUAUCGGACUGUGUCCCGUACAUGACAAACGGAGAAUAUGCCAGUUCCUACGAAGAAGCUCGCUCACCAAUGCUAGCUGGGGAACAGCGCCAGAUCCCGGAGGUUGUCUCUUACUCUCCUCAGAGAGGCUCCGAAGGGACCAGAGUCUUCGUGCAGAUUCAAUCUCCGUACGAUCUUCACACCUCGUCCUAUGCGACUCUUUAUCUCGUGUUCGGCUCGAAGCGAUGCGAAUGUGUCCCCCAUUUUGUCGGCUUCCAAGGCCCUUUGUUCCAGUACGCGCUUUCCGUCGACACGCCUCCGUUCAUCUCCACGGGCUCGCCGUCUUUCGCAGUGCCGUUGCAGGUAUCCGUGGACCACAACGACUGCCACGCUGCGACUCUGCAAGUCGGUGUCUACACAUACGAGCAAGCCACCAUGCAGUCACCGCCAGAUGAGUCUCGGAAACGACGGAUAUCCUCAUACUCAGAAGAGCCCCUCUCGAGGGCAACGAAACGAAUCACCGGACAACCGAUGCACGUCAAACAGGAACAGUCCACCGGAUCCUCUGCAUCCUAUUCUCCCUAUUUGCAGUCUCUGCCCGGAAUGAAUGGCCUUGUUCCUCCUCACCGCCGCGCUCAACACCCUUGUGGAUCGCCUAGGAUCCCGGCCGGCCAUUAUUCCUCUUUGUCGACCACGUCCCAAUCUUCUAUCAGAGCGCCAUCGCCCCUAACCCCCUCAUAUACCCCUUCUAUCCUCUCGAUCGGAAAUGACUCCAGAAACGGCGGCUACUCUAUUGCCCAGUGUUUCCGACAGAAUCCGGCCUCCCCAGGGCGUUACUCCAACCCUACGCUCAUUCGGACCUCGACAUUGCAGCAAUCGAGCAGUCUUGGUCAGACGCCGUCGUUCAAUCCGUACGCCAUGUACCCCGCCAAGGCCGUGUUGAAAUUGAACGGUGAUUUGGAUACCAUGACAGAAAACUGGCCUAGGGAGGAACAGGAGGCAAAGCGCCGACUGGUUCAGUUCACUCGCUCGCAAAGUGGAAGUACGAUCCACGCGGAUUUCAAACCAGUGGCCCCUGAGGAUCGGGCUCCGAACAGCAUCUGCAUCAGCUGCAUCUACUGGGACGGCAAGGAUGAAUGCUUUGUCACCAGUGUUGACACCAUUUAUCUGCUCGAGUCCCUGGUCGGCGUUCGAUUUACGGUGGAGGAGAAGAAUCGGAUCCGCAGGAAUCUCGAAGGGUUCCGACCUCUCACCGUAUCGAAGGCCAAAGCCGACAGUGAGGAGUUCUUCAAGGUCAUCAUGGGCUUCCCGGCACCAAAGCCCAGGAAUAUUGAGAAGGACGUGAAGGUCUUCCCCUGGAAGAUCCUCAGCCACGCCUUGAAGAAGAUCAUUGGGAAAUACUCUGCCAGCUACUCUUCAACUGCUGGAGCACUGUUCACCCCGAUGGCUUCAACCUACACGAGCAACGGUGCCGCCUCUGACUCCGGGACCGAGCCCCAAAACGCCGCCUCCCCUCAGUCUGUUUCAGAUACUGCUGCUCCAAGCUCCUACGGGGCGAGCGUCGCUUCAGCUUAUCCACCCACUCCAAUGACGGGUGCCUCUGAGAUGCGAGGCGGUUUGCCCUCUGUCACCCAACCCUACCAUUCAAUGCCGACGCCGUACUCAUACCCCGCCGUCUGUCAGCAGCAGAGCCAGCUCGGUCUUCCUGCCGCCUCCGUCAACAACAGGGCUUGGGAGCUGAAUUCUCUUGUCACCCCGGCUGUCAGUGCAGCUUCAAGUAGCAAUCCUUGCUACAACUAUCUCACCACAAUGCCGUCGAUGUCGCAGAUGUCGGCUAUGCCGUCGAUGCCCUCAAUGUCGCCAAUGCCGUCGAUGCCGUCGAUGCACUCGGUGCCGUAUCCAGUCCAAGGCCAUCCCCAUGCCUCUUGA